GUGAAGCUCUUGUGUACUAUAUGUUUUUCUUUCUCUGCCCGGAGCUGUACUACAGGCGGAAGUUACAGACGCUUGUGUUAGUGAAAACCUGAGGUGAGAAAGUGAAAAGCAGCGUAAAUGAUAAAAAACAGGCUUUUGUGACGAUUUUAACAACAGCGCAUCAUAUAUGUGGACGCAGUUGCUUAAUUUUCCCUUCUUGCAUUGGCAGACUGCUGGUUUUCGUCGGUAAAGGCAGACUGGCAUAUGUAUUGAGUUUGAUGUCUGGUUAGAUGGUCAGAUAGUGAAGCUCUCACACUAACUACACGCGCGCUCUAAUUGGAACGUUCAGAUAUUUUGUUACAUUGAUACAUUGUAGCCAGAAGUCGCGUUUCCGACUCUUGUUUAUACGCUGUAGCUGGAGAACAGAAACAUUCACUUUAUUCAGCGAUGACUCGAUGGGGUUUAACAUAACUGCUAAAUCACGUAUGUGACUUCCACAACAACCAAGCUAGUUGAGCUUUUUAUCUCGGCGUUUUGCACUGGAUCUACGUUGGAAGUGACCGACAUGGCAGACAGCGGUCGGGUGAAGCACGACAGCCCGAGCUCGAGCCCCGGACCCGGGAGGAAAAAGGCGCAGCAGUCGCCCGGUUCAAAGGCGCGGUACUCCGUUAACGCUCCCGGACACUGCUUUCGGAAAGUGACCCUGACCAAACCGACCUUCUGUCAUCACUGCAGCGACUUCAUAUGGGGGAUUGUCGGGUUUGUUUGUGAAGUGUGUAACUUCAUGUCACAUGAGAAGUGUUUGAAGCACGUCAGGACCGUGUGUUCCUGUAUGGCUCCCACACAAGUUCAGGUUCCUGUAGCGCACUGCUUUGGUCCCGCCGGUCAGAAGAAGAGGUUCUGCUGUGUUUGUCGGAAACAUCUGGAAGGCAGUUCAGCUCUGCGCUGUGAAGUGUGUGAGCUGCAUGUGCACAGCGACUGUGCCCCGUUCAGCGUUAGCGACUGUCGUUUCUGCCACCAAGAUGGAGGGCAAGACAUUGACACGUACCAGCACCACUGGCGGGAGGGGAACAUGUCCUCAGGUGCCCGCUGUGAGGUCUGUCGUCGCACCUGCAGUUCUUCCGAUGUCCUGGCUGGCAUGAGAUGUGAAUGGUGUGGCAUUACGGCACAUGCGUCAUGUUACAUAAUCCUCCCCCCAGAGUGCAGCAUGGGACGGUUGCAGAACAUGAUUCUUCACCCCAGCUGUGUGUGGAUCUGCUCACGGAACUUCAGCAAGAUGCACUGUUACCGAAUCUCAGAAAAUUCCCAGCACAGCGAGAUGGAUAACCUGGAUGACGUUGAUACUCCGAGUCCAGUAACUUCUAAGGAAACUCAGUCUACGGGAUCACCUGACACAGGUAAACAGACGCUGAAAGUGUUCGAUGGCGACGAUGCAGCUAAGCGGAAUCAGUUUCGUUUGGUUUCAAUCCCUCGAAUAAUCAAGAAUGAGGAAGUAGUGGAAGCAUCGCUCAGAGCGUUCUACAUCCCAGAUGAACCGCAGGAUUACGAGCUACAGAGUUACAGCCAACAGGGACUGUUUACAGAUGACAUCAUCAACCGUAACGGCACGCCAGACAACAAGCCCAUAUUUAAGGAUACGGUUUCUGAUUCCUGGGUGCUCAGAUCAAAACCUAAAGAAACGGAAGUGGUGAAGAUUUAUUCCAGCUCGCGCAAGGUUGAAGUCACCUCAGUCACUGCUGGGAAAAGCAGCACAGUAGACUCAAUCUUAAAGGAAGUGCUCCCACGAAUAGAAAAACAGAAUGAAAACCCUGCUGACUUCAACCUUGUAGAAGUUUUCAUGAGCAGCAAACAAGUGCAACGGCAAGUCCUCAGCGGUCAGGAGAUUUUACUGGAAAAACUGCAGGAGAUACGGAAGACCUCGUUGCGACAGAUGAACCAGACACGGUUUUACAUUGAGGAAAGCAGGAAUCGAGUGCCACAAGUCAGUCUGCUCUUGGGAGGAUUUCCGACACAGCUUGAAAAAGAGGAAUACACACACCUGCUAUCCGAACACCUCUCAGUCAAAAGUCAUUUGGUCACCAUCACUCACGUGUACUCUGAACAAGGAGCUGUGGUUCUGCAGAUCAGCUGUUUCUCAGAGGCCGAGAGGAUUUACAUGCUGGCCAAAGACACCACCAUCAGCGGCAAACCGCUCUACUCACUCGUCAUACCUGAGAUCAUGCAAAGCAAGCUUGCCAAAGGAAGUUGCCCCUUGCUAGUCUUUGUCAACCCUAAAAGUGGUGGAUUAAAGGGCAGAGAGAUCUUAUACAGUUUCCGAAAACUUCUAAACCCUCACCAAGUGUUCGAGCUGACCAGUGGCGGACCACUUCCUGGGCUGCACACGUUCAGGGAUGUCCCUCACUUUCGGAUCCUGGUGUGUGGAGGAGACGGCACAGUGGGAUGGGUGCUGGGGGUUCUGGAGUCCAUCCGGCAUAAAAUCGCCUGUCCUGAGCCAGCGAUCGGCAUCAUUCCACUGGGCACCGGAAACGAUCUGGCUCGGGUGUUGCGGUGGGGGGCGGGAUACAGCGGCGAGGACCCCUACAAUAUCAUGCUGUCUGUGGAUGAGGCAGAGGAAGUGCAAAUGGACCGCUGGACAAUUCUUCUGGACGCACAGGAAAUGACAGAGGAUGGCAAAGAGAAUGGCUUCCUAGAGCCACCCAAGAUUGUGCACAUGAAUAAUUAUUUCGGUCUGGGAAUCGAUGCUGAACUGAGUCUGGACUUUCAUCAUGCACGUGAGGAGGACCCAGAUAAGUUUAAUAGCAGGUUCCACAAUAAAGGUGUGUAUGUAAAGGUGGGCCUGCAGAAGUUGAGUCACACGCGAAACCUUCAUAAAGACAUCAGACUGGAAGUGGACAAACAGGAAGUGGAACUGCGCAGUAUAGAGGGACUGAUAUUCCUCAAUAUUCCCAGCUGGGGUUCUGGCGCUGACCUGUGGGGCUCAGACAGCGAGUCUCGGUUUGGGCGGCCGAGGAUAGAUGAUGGGAUGCUGGAGGUGGUGGGAGUUACUGGUGUGGUGCACAUGGGUCAGGUUCAGAGUGGGAUGCGUUCUGGGAUUCGUAUCGCUCAGGGCAGCUACAUUCGUAUCACUGUGAACAAACCCAUUCCAGUGCAGGUGGAUGGAGAACCCUGGAUACAAUCACCAGGACAGAUCAUCAUCUCAGCUGCUGGACCAAAGGUUCGCAUGCUGAGAAAGUCCAAGACCAAGCAGAAGAAACAAUCAGGCAGUUUGAAGGAAGGCCGUUCCGACAGUCCCGCUCCCAGUGACGGUGACAAACUUCCCAUCCUUCUCUGCUAUUAUUCACACUAGAGGAUGUGAGAUUUAGAGACUGCUGUAACGUCUUGCAGCAGAUGAAGACUCACUCACUCACCACGCAGAUCAAUGUCCCUUAGGCCUGCUCCUGGAGCUUCAGAUGAACAGGGGGGCAGUACAGCUUGGUUGAGCAGAGCCGGGCAGAGAGUGACCAGAUGCUCCUCUGUCAGAUAAGAGAGGUUCUGAAGUCCAUAGUGCACCAGAAUAUCUUCUCCGGACACACACUGAUAAACAGAGACGAUGUCAAGUCAAUGAAAUAAAGCAAAGAAUGACAAAACUA